AUGCGAAUCAUACGGGCGGGACUCCUCGGAGCACAUGUGGUUAACUCGCGCCCGUGCUCCCCCUCCCAUUUUCCCUUUCCCCCAGCGUCGUGCCCCGCAAACGUGGUGUGUCCGACGGGCGCCUCGUGCGUGGUGGACGGCAGCGGCUACCCGUACUGCAAGUGCGCGGCGGGGCAGGCCAUCAUCAACGGCGUGUGCGCGCCGACCGCCAGCUGGGCGGAGGUCGGCACCAACGUCGUGCUCUACAACGCCGCCAACUACGCCAACUCGCCCACCACGCUCGGGCCCGCCGUGCUGCGCGGCGCCGCGCCAAACUCGAGCGCGUGCGUGAACCUGUCGGGCGCGUUCAACGGGUCGGUGGGGUCGCUGCGCAUCAUGUGGAACGUGAACGACGGCGUGGCGGACCACCUGGUGUGCGGCAAGCUCUUCUUCUGGGACAAACCCAACUGCUGCUGCUCCGGCUCCGGCUACCAGAUCCCCGGCGGAUGGUCCGCCGCCAACCCCAACAACUUCAGCUACGCCUCCACCAGCGUCAAGACGACGAGCGGCAUUAUUCUGACGGCGAGGUCCAUCUCGUGUCAGGCCGCCAUCGCCACUAACACGUACCCCUGCGCCACCAAGACCUGCCCCGUCAACGCCACGUGCUCCGUCGUCAACGGUGCCGCCGUGUGCACGUGCAACGCUGGAUACAGCAUGGUUGGCGGGCAGUGCGUUGCAACACCGACUGACCCAUGCACGGGGUACACCUGUCCCGCCAACUCAGCAUGCUCCAACGUCAACGGCGUUGCCACGUGCACGUGCAACACCGGAUACCAGAUGGUCAAUGGGCAGUGCGUCGUGCCCGACCCGUGCACGGGGUACACCUGUCCCGCUAACUCAGCAUGCUCCAACGUCAAUGGCGUCGCCACGUGCACGUGCAACACCGGAUACCAGAUGGUCAAUGGGCAGUGCGUUGUGCCGGACCCCUGUGCGACGGCCAACUGUCCGCUCAACUCGGUGUGCUCCAACGUCAACGGCGUCGCCACCUGCACAUGCUCUGCGGGCUUCCAAAUGGUCAACGGCCAGUGCGCCGCGUUGCCCCCAUCGGACCCGUGCGCGAGCACCACGUGUCAGGCCAACGCCAACUGCUCAGUCGUCAACGGCGCCGCCACCUGCACGUGCCUUCCCGGCUUUGACCCGGUCAACGGCGCCUGCAUAGCGCCCGACCCAUGCGCGGGGUUCUCGUGUCCCGCCAACUCAGCAUGCUCCAACGUCAAUGGCGUCGCCACUUGCACGUGCAGCGCCGGCUACCAGAUGACGGCCGGCCAGUGCGUGGGUGAGUCAGCGCGGACAACUCCUUCUCGCGCCCCACGCCCAUGCCUUUAUCUUCGAAAUCGUUUUCUACUCUGCCUGCGUCUUGCUCAUACCCGCAUUCGCGCAUUGAGCCCGUCCUCUCCCCUCACCCUGCCCUUCCAACCCCUCUUUUCUUCCUCCCCUCCGCCCCUGUUGGUGCGUGCAGUGAUCACGGACCCCUGUGCGUCUACCACGUGUCCCGCCAAGGCCACGUGCAGCAACGUGAAUGGCGUGGCCACGUGUGUGUGCGCCGUGGGCUACACCCUCGUCAGCGGUGCCUGCCAGCGUACGCCCCUCUCCCUCUCCUCUCCUUGCCCUUCUGGCCCCUUCCGCCCUUCCUGCCCCACUUUCCCUCUCCCACCCGUCCCUCAUUCCUCCCCUGCACUUAAACUCCCUGGCCCCUCCUCACCCCACCUUCCCUGCUCCUCUUCCCUCCCUCCCCGUCCCCUUCCCUCUCCCCCCCACCAGCGGCUGCGCCCUGCUCGCUGUGCCCCGACGUGUCCACAUGCACCUACAUGCUCGGCGCACCCGUCUGCACGUGCCCUCCGCCCUACACGCGCCUCAUCGACAACAAAUGCUCCUCCGGUUCGUGCUGCUCCCCCCUUUCCCUCCUCCCCUCCUGCCCUUCUUUUUUCCAUCCUCCCUACUCUUCUCCUGCCCAUGCUGCCUGCUGCUCGCACUGCAGUCUUCCAAGCGUUGCUCACACCCUCUCUACCUCACGCACCUCCCUCCUUCCCGCCACUACCCCCACGCCUCGCCCCUGGGCGCCAUGCAGCAACGUUGGCGAAUUCGGACUAUCUGGACAACCAGAAUGCCGCCAGGGCCGCAGUGGGCGCCAUCCCCCUCGUCUGGAACGCUUCCCGUGAGUGCCCCCCUCGCCCUCCCUCGUGCCUCUGCCUCUUGGUUUGGUCCUGUGCCUAUCAACGCGCUUGCUGUGCUCCGUGCGUGCACUGGGUUGUCGCCCUCACCUCACAUGCCCCCUCCGCUCCCACUGCAUGCACCUCGUCCCCUCUCCUCGUCCACAUCCGUCACUGCCGUUUCUCAGACCCCAAUCCCCACCCCUCGCUCGUCAUGUCUCAACCCCCCUCCUCGUUUCCCCCCCUCCUCGUCCCCCUCGUGCUCGUGCCAGUGGCGGCGGAGGCCCAGGCAUGGGCGACAACCCUCACAAACAGCACGUACAACUGUGGGCUGUCGCACGGCGGCAACCCCGGCGAGGGGCAGAACCUGUCGGGGGGCGGGCCGGCCGGCUAUUACUCGAAUGGGGCGGCCGUGAGCUGGUGGGUGGGCGAGGGCGACCUCUACACGUACGCCGUCUUCUCCGGGGGCUGCAGCACCGGCAACUGGGCUGACUGCGGCCACUACACGCAGGUCAUCUGGAACAACACGCGCACCGUGGGCUGUGGCAAGGCCUCGUGUGGCACGAAGGCAGAUGUGUGGGCGUGCAACUACUACCCUCCCGGCAACUAUGGCGGCCAGCUGCCCUAUGUGCAAGACCCGUGCUACCGGGUGGCAUGCCCGUCCACGGCCACAUGCACGGUGCAGUACGGGCAGCCGGUGUGUGUGUGUGGGGCGGGGCAGGUGCUGGUGAACAACGCCACGUGCCAGCCCGACCCCUGCAGCAGCGGCACCAUCACGUGCCCGGGCAACCUCGUGUGUGAUGGCUCUUCUGGCACUGCUCAGUGCGCCUGCCCCACCGGCCUCGUAGCCGUCAGUGCAGAUACCUGCGUCCCGCCGGCGUGUGUGGGGGCGGUGUGCCCAGCGCAGGCGACAUGUGCGGUGGACGGGAGUGGGUACCCGUUCUGCCAGUGCCCCACGGGGUGGUACCUGGGCAGCAACGUGUGUGUGCAGGGCACGCCCGCUGCCGUGUCAGCCACCAGCCUGGCGAUCUACAACACGGCGUCCUACAGCAGCACGCCCCCCGCGUUGGGCCCCACGCUGGUGCGCACGGGGCUGCCCGCCAACUCGUCGCGGGGCAGCUGUGUGGACAUCCCCGGCGGCAUUGCAGCGGCGUCGCUGCGCGUGCUGUGGAACGUGCCGGACAGCAUGGGGGCGCCCAAGCAGUCGUGCGGGCUGCUGUGGUUCUGGACCAGCGCCUCCUGCUACGGCUCUGCCACCGGCUACUACCGCCCUGCCGGGGACGUCACCAACUUCGCGUCAGUGCUCCACCCCCCGCCCUGCCCCCACCUGUUCUUCCUUUCUCUCAAUGCUAGCACCGUGCUUCCUUUCUCCCAGUGCUAG